GUUGCUCGUUGCUCCCGUCAGGGGGAAACCGCGAGGCUCUGGCAAUGUCCCGAAUGAAGAAAGCUGACGAGCGCCCAGCAAAGAAGCUGAGCGUCUUGUUGUGGAUGCAUUGCUGAUCUCCCGGUCUUUCCUGUUUCUUUCUCCUUUGUCAUGCGAGUGGCCCUUCGUUCAUUACACAUGCCGUACAGCGUACCGACACUCAACACACUCACUCGCUCACACACGCUCGUUACAGUCGCUCUUUUUCCUCUCGCAUGAACAAAUUUACAAGGCGACAAGGUCCCACGUCGCAUCCAACGCCUCCGCCGUUGUGUCAGCAAUCCAGUAGCUGCUGUCCGCGCAGGCCCCGUCAACGGUCACCGGGGCGUCAUCGACGAAGGGGGACCCGGCCAUCGAGACGUCUCGGGACCCGCGACUUUGGUGGAGCGCGUUCCUGCUCUGCUCGGCGCUCGUCGGGCUCGAGUCCCGAGAACCGGAAAGUAGGAUGGAACCCAGUGCCAGGGACAGGUCCCCUAUAUCCCGGCGGGUCGCACAGAAGCUGGGCAGCGACACGACCGUCCGCAUUCCGUAUCGUUCACGGAAGGAUGCAGCCCAUGCCCGGCACACCGCAGCCGCUGACCUCGAUACGGCCAUCACUGCCCGCCAUCACGACCCCGAGACUGAUCCCAAACGACACCGGACUGCCGCCGAUGCGCUGUCCCUCUCCGGCACCACCCCACCAAGCAGCCCAACCAUAACCAGUUUCCCUGCCAUCGCCAAGUCCAUGACUCCCGAGUCCACCAAGGCCGUCCGACCUCAACUUGUUCUCAUCGACUCCCGAGGCAAGGUAGCCACUAGAGACGGGGACGAUACUUCCUUUCGGAAACACAACCGUGGCAUCGGCUCCAUCGACUCCAUCCUUACGUCCACAACCUGCGUCAACACGCAGUCCGAGUGUAGCCGCGCCGAGUCACGCCUGUCCCGGGAGAUCCGCAUCGAGGUCGAGGACACUGACGGCGGCGCUCCCAUCGCACCCCCUCUGAGACCGCGGAAGCAGACAAGCAAGCUACAACUUGCCCCAUCAAGCAUCUCUGAGCGUCACUCCACCGGCAGUUGCAGCGAGAGUGAGGAUCAUGACGCUGGGGACGAGGAGGCCAGGCUGGUUGAUGAGAUCUCGUCCUUGGUCUUGAGGAACACCUUCGGCAAAGACCUGGACGACUGCGCCGCCCCGCUGCUGGUCUGGGACUGUACCUACCGUUACCUGCAAGAACUCUGGACGGCAUGCGAGGAAGGAAACCUGGGGUUCCGUCAGGCGACAUCUGGCCACGGCACUCCGUCAUCGCACUACGGUGGCACUCCGGGUUCGGCGAACAAUGAUCAACAGUUUUCCGGCCAGUAUGGGAAAGGGAAGAGGAAAGUAGAGGGUGGCGAUGAUGACGGCGGCGGGCUAGGCGGCCGAGACAACCAAGGGAAUGACGGGACGGAAGAGUCACCAGCAUCGCAGGCAUACAGCACCAAAGGGACCUUUACCCACUUCAGCUGUCCUUACCGAAAACGCAACCCUCUUCGCUUCAACGUCCGAGACCAUUACGUCUGCGCCACACAUUCCUUUGCCGACAUGUCCCAACUGAAGAAGCACAUUCGUGCCCACCAUCCUCCUGUCCAGAGGAACGCAGGGCCAUUCCCAUGCCCGCGAUGUUGCCAGGGCUUCGUGUCGAAACCCGACCUGGACUCCCAUCUGAGGCAGCCGGAUGUCUGCCGCAUCUCCUUCGACAGCGGCGGCACUGAUCCUGAAGAUGGCAUUACCCAGAAGAUUAUCUCGUCCUUGGAGGCUAGGAGCCUCAAAGCCAAGAUCGACAACUGGAUCUCGCUAUGGAAACUUCUUUUCCCAGCUGAUCAAGUCAUCCCCGAUCCAGUCUUCGUUCCGGUAAUGGAAGUCUUUGACUUCAUCGCUGAGUCCAAGAACUUCCUGAGCACACUGAAAGACCUCCUCGAAAUCCAGUACCGCCACGUUCUGGAUGGAGCGGACCAUGUGAAGAACGUCGACAUGAAGAUUCGCCAGGGUCUUGAACGGAGUGCAGGGUCUAUCUACACCUGGAUUGAGACGGUUGUGCAAGAUUGGGAGCAUCGGUUAUCCGGGACCAUGUCGCUUUUCACGAGGUCGAUCAUCAGCCAGCCCGCCACCAGUGACAGUUGGGCAUCCACCCCAAACCUCCCACCAUCCCCUGCACCUACACCCACAGUUUCGGGCGGGAGUGUCGCUGCAGCGAGCACCUUGCUUGGAUCCGAGAGCCCUGUUAGCACCACGGCUCCAGGUCCAAGGGGUCCGUCUGUCCGCAGGCGGCCUGAUCCACCACCGAAGAGGAUCAAACGACCCGAAAUCCUGCCCAAAGCUCCGCCGCCAACCCAACUACCUCUACCUAUUCAACGAGCACGAACCCCUCAGUCGCAGGCCAGGAUGACAACCAACACAUUCAGGGCACACCCAACAGUACUCCCGAGCCAGUCGAUUCCCAUCCCACCAACAACUACGCAGAAUCUCAACUCGGCUCCAUCCUACCAUACCAGUUGGGAAAAUCCGUCCGUUACAGUUACGAGCGCCUACAGUGUUGCCUACACCAGUCCCGGAGAUGUCUUUCAGCAUCCAGCCAUGGCACCGACGCAUUACCCUCCCAUGCAUCCAAGAGAGUUGGAAGUUCAGCCACCAGGAACAUACCUCGCGCCAGAACCGUCCACAGGAAGUGUAUCACCGGACGCAAUGCAGCACGACAUGGAGCCUCGUCCGCAGUCAACAGGAACCAUGCACGCAAACCGGCUUACCAUGUCGACCACACCAAGGUCCUCGCUCGCCAGCCUCAGCUGGAUCCGCGACGAAAACCGGGAUUCGAGCCAGACGCUGGUUGAAGCACACCCGCCCGGAAGAUGCCACAACCUGUACUGCCCAAGCUGCAACAAGACGUUACCCGACGACAUGGCCGCCCAGCCAUCGCCCGUGGCCAUCCAUCCUGUCACGGGCGCGCCGCAUCCAGCCCACGCUUUUCAGACGGCCGGUGCCGGACCAGGAGCUCCCUUCCAGGCGUCUCCUGAUCCGGGAGAGAUACACAACUUUGCAGACCAAAUUGAAUGGUCAUUCCAUGCCUCUGGAGGGAUGCCAGGCGCGGGGGGCAACGAUAACAUGUUUGGAGGGGGACAACACGGGCCACAGGAGGGGUACUAAGACUGCCUCGCUCACUAAUGCGACAAGACUGAUGGGAACUUGCAGCAAACAAAGAAGCCUUUUCUUGGAUACCUCAAUUGUAUACUAACAAAUACUGACAAGGAUAUCGGGCUAAUGUAAUGCUGAAACAGCAACUGCCUCGCCGGCUCAAGGUGUGGAGAGGCGUCGUUAUGUACGCAGAGCGGCGAGCAGGUGGUCAACGGCACACUGCAUGCAACGAGGUUAUGAUUGUCAUGAUAUAUUUUGUUAGGGAUUUUACUCUACGACUUCUUGGAUGGUUGCUUAGUGCUGGAGGAGACAGGCCUACAGAUAGGUGUAAUUCUAGUGUCUAUUUUACUGAGG